UCGGAAGUUAUUUUUGUUAUGAUAAUCCAUCGGCUUUGAUGGUCCCACUCAAGCAGUCUCUGAAUCUAACGGACACUCAGUACAACAUGCUAUACACUGUCUAUUCCAUUCCUAAUCUGUUACUACCUCUCUGCGGCGGCCUGCUCAUAGACCGAAUAGGAAAUUCCUGGAGCAAUAUCGGUUUCAAUCUUUUCGUAGUGGUGGGGCAAGGAUUAUUUGCAGGGGGUGUCACAUGGGGUGCUUAUCCCAUUAGCUUGAUUGGGAGGGCUGUUUUCGGGAUAGGAGGGGAGUCUGCGUGUGUGGUGCAGUCAAAGAUCCUUGCGAUUUGGUUCCAAGGCAAGGAGAUGGCUUUUGCGAUGGGAUUAGGAAUGACGGUGUCCAGAUUCGGAAGUGUGGUUAAUGAUUGGUUAUGUCCCUAUAUCUACAAGCAUUCAGGCGCCAGGGUCCUACCCUCCUUCAUCAGGUCCGCAAAUAACCCCUCUUUGGCAAUUUGGGUUGGGUUUAUUCUGAUGGUUUUGUCGUUUGCGACCACCAUUGCAUACGCACUGCUGGAGCGCAGCACAGAAGCCUACUUCGACGCGAAGAAGAAGAACUGCCGAGGACUAACCUCCUCUUCGUCUUCUGCUUCUUCUUCUCCAUUCCCACGACCCUUCGUGUCAAGGAAAGGCACUGGCGCAAGUGGUCUGUCUUCUCUGCAAGCCCCAUUAUUAUCACAAGCAAGCAGCAGCGAAGAGGAGGAGAAGGAGAACGGACCCAGCCGUCGAAGCCAAAGAGCAGGAGCAACAGGAGGAGAGGGCACUGGCGGUGGUGGUGGUGUUGCUGCUGCUGCUGCUGCGGGUGAGCGGCCAGAAGGAGGAGAGGGCACUGGUGGUGCUGGUGGUGGGCCAGGAGGAGUAGGGAGGGAAGGAGAGAAGCAGAAGCGGCAGUUGCGGGGAGAAGAUCUGGAGGUCGCCACGAUAUCCCUUGAACAGUUCCGUCUCUUAGGCGGGUGUUAUUGGCUGUUAACCAUCAGUUGCGUGGUGUUGUACUCGGCGGUACUGCCAUUCAACAACAUCGCGGGGGAGUUGUUGAUGACAAAGUGGGGGUUGACAUUGGAUAAAACAGGGUUCUUGAUCUCGAUUCCGUACUUAAUCGCCGUGCUGGCAAGUCCGUUCCUUGGCAUUGCUAUCGAUCUGUUCGGGUGUCGCGCUGCCUUGUUGGUCCUUGCCUCCCUGGCUCUCCUCUUCACCCACCUCUCCAUAGCCUUCACUUACAUCAACCCCGCCAUCUCUCUCACAACGAUGGGAUUUGCCUACAGCGUGUAUGCGUCUGCCAUCUGGCCAUCAGUGGCUCUGGUUGUUGACAGCAGUGCUCUCGGAUUGGCGUAUGGAUUAAUCACAGCUUCCCAGAAUGGAGGGCUUGGCGUCGUUCCAAUCAUCGUCGGGGCCAUCAGGGACGCAACAGGGAGUUACAUCGCUGUAGAGGUCUUCUUUGCCUCCCUUGCGUUGGUUGGACUCGUCAUUGCUAUCAUCUUGAAUGUCGUUGAUGCCAGAUCCGGCGGGGUACUUAACAAGAAGUCCUGCUCCUCCUCCUCCCCUCUCCUGCAUUUGCCAGAUGUGGAGGAUGCCGGUCGGUCCUGCGCUUCGCCGUACCUACAGGGUCGGUCCUGUGCUUCACCGUACCUGCCUACUUUCGACGAUGUUGACGAAGCGCAGGUGGUGUGGGAGAUCAAAGAAGGCACACGGGGUUUGUGGAGUGAGGAAGAGCCGUUGCUACAGCAGCAGCAGCAGCAGCAGCAGGAGCAGCAGAUUAUGCGACAGCAGAGACAUGGGCAGCAGUAGACGUGCGACAAUAUCAACAGCUUGUGCGACGGCUGCGACAGAAGUAGCAGCAGAUCGUGCGACAACGGAGACGUG